CCAGUGCUCGUCACGGCAGCAUCUGGCUCAUAUCCUGCUGCGCAACCGGCUUCCAACUGGAUACGAUCUGAGACGACUAUGCAUCGGACGUUAUUCAGCCUGCCCUGGGCGUACCUGCCGAAAGACAAGGCAGCGGCCGUAGCUGUGAUAGCAUCAGUUCGUGUUGUCGACUUUUACCAGAUAGCAAGCUUCCAAACGUGUGUGACGCUUCAUCUCCAGUACUUACAGCCGGACCUUUCAACAACCGAAUUGGCCCGUCAUGUCGGCGUGGCUCAGGGCAUGUUCACAGCAGCACAAAUUCUCUCGGCGCCGAUAUGGGGUAUCGCCGUUGACAGAAUCGGCCGGAAGACGGUCAUUCUUAUCGGCCUCAUCUCCACGGCCAUCGCCUGCGUGGGAGUGGCUUUCGCAAGGUCAAUCGGGGCCGUAGUCUUCUGGCGGCUUCUGGCCGGGGCCACCAAUGGCACCGUGGUCGCCGCUCGAACCGCCAUGUCGGACAACCUCCCUCCCCAAAGUCUGCCCGCGGGCUUUUCCCUUCUGGUACUAUCGUUCCAUGUGGCCAAUGCCAUCGGACCAUUGAUCGCCGCUGCUUCUAUGGGUCCUCAUCUUGGAUGGCUCUCCAUCUCGGCUUCAUCGGAGUCAGGAAGUGCCACAAUGGCGCAUUGGGAAGCCAGCAAUCCUUACACAAUGCCAAAUCUCAUUAGCGCGUUAGUGUUGACGGCAGACGCGCUCUUGGUUUGGUACAAGUUGAAGGAAGUGCACAAUGUCACUCAUCGGGAAUGGCACAAGCUAGUGAUCAGAUCACAUGACUGGAUUCGACAAUGCUUUCACCGAUACAAAUGGCAGUACAGACCAGUAACAAGAUACAACUAUGAACACCUGAUUGAAGCCAGCGAUGCCGUGGAGAUGCAGCGGGAUGAACCUCAACAGGAUUCGGAACGCUCAAAAGAGCAAAUGGAGCCGAUAUGGAGGCUAAAGUUCCUCAUCGUCUUGUGCACAGUUGCUAUAUUGGAAUUCCAUCUUGGUGCCUUCGGGUCACUCUGGCCUUUGUUCGUGGUCGCCGACCGCCGCAAACCCGAAGCUCCAGUGAGGCUGCCGUUUGUCUUUUCUGGCGGACUUCAACUCAAAAACUCGGACAUCGGACUCGCUGUAGGGGCUUUGGGAUUUAUUGGUGUGAUUUUGCAACUCACUGCGGUACCCCAUAUCACGACCAAGUUUGGGGCGGUGCGGGCUUUCAAAGCCACCCUUCCGCUGUUCCCCGCCAGUCUUUUCAUCGCGCCAUACUUGACCUUUCUUACUCCUGAUAGUCCUCAUGCUCUGUGGCUAGGGCUCCUAUUGGUUCUGUUCCUCCACGUGCUGGGCCGGUCAUUCGGGAUUUUAGUGACAAUCCUACUAGUAAACCAGUCAACAGCGCAGCCAUCCCGCCGCGGAACAGUUCACGGAAUAGCAAAUACAGUAGCAAGCACGUUCCGCACUGCGGGCUCAAUCGCGGGCGGCUCAUUGUUUGGGCUUGGCGUAGAACGAAAUUUAGCUGGUUUAGGUUGGUGGAUAACAGGUGGUGUUAGUAUUUUGGGAUGGGCUUUAGGUCCAUGGGUUUAACAGAGUAGCUGGAAUGGCUAGUAAGCACUAGGUUACAGUAUUCUCUGGCUGCAGAGGGAUGGCCACAACUGUAUGUUGAUUUACUCCCAAGAUCGCUAUAGAAUUCAUGACAUUUGC